UGGUUUACUGCUACCUCCAGCCAUGGGCCUUUUGGGUAUAUUUUGUUUUUUAAUCUUUCUGGGGAAAAGCUGGGGACAGGAACAAACGUAUGUCAUUUCAGCACCAAAACUAUUUCGUGUUGGAGGAUCUGAAAAUGUUGUAAUUCAAGUUUAUGGAUACACAGAAGCAUUUGAUGCAACAAUCUCUAUUAAAAGUUACCCAGAUAAGAAAUUUCAAUACUCUUCAGGCUAUGUUCAUUUAUCUCCAGAAAAUAAAUUCCAAAACUCUGCAAUCUUAACAAUACAGCCCAAACAAUUACCUGAAGGCCAAAAUCCAGUUUCAUAUGUGUAUCUGGAUGUGGUAGCAAAGCAUUUUUCAAAAUCAAAAAAAGUGCCAAUAACCUAUGACAAUGGAUUUCUCUUCAUUCAUACAGACAAACCCGUUUACACUCCGGACCAGUCAGUAAAGGUUAGAGUUUAUUCAUUGAAUGAUGAUUUGAAGCCAGCCAAAAGAGAAACUGUCUUAACCUUCGUAGAUCCCGAUGGAUCAGAAGUUGACCUGGUAGAAGAAAAUGAUUAUACUGGAAUUAUCUCGUUUCCUGACUUCAAGAUUCCACCUAAUCCUAAAUAUGGUGUGUGGACAAUUCGAGCUAAAUAUAAAGAGGACUUUUCAACAACUGGAACCACAUGUUUUGAAGUUGAAGAAUAUGUGUUGCCACAUUUUUCUGUCUCGAUAGAACCAGAAAGCAAUUUCAUUGGCUAUAAGAACUUUGAGAAUUUUGAAAUUACUAUAAAAGCCAGGUAUUUUUAUAAUAAAAUAGUCACUGAGGCUGAAGUUUAUAUCACUUUCGGAAUAAGAGAUGACUUAAAAGAUAAUCAAAAGGAAAUGCUGCCAAAAGCAAUGCAAAGCACAAUGUUGAUAAACGGAAUUGCUCAAGUCACAUUUAACACUGAAACAGCAAUUAAAGAACUGUCAUAUAAUGGUCUAGAAGAUUUAAAUGACAAGUACCUUUAUAUUGCUGCAAUAGUCAUAGAGUCUUCCGGUGGAUUUUCUGAAGAGGCAGAAAUACCUGGCAUCAAAUAUAUUCUCUCUCCCUACAAACUGAAUUUGGUUGCUACUCCUCUUUUCUUGAAGCCUGGGAUUCCAUAUUCCAUCAAGGUGCAGGUUAAGGAUUCACUUGACCAGUUGGUAGGAGGGGUCCCAGUAACCCUGAGUGCAAAAACAGUUGAUGUCAACGAAGAGACUUCUGACCUGGAGUCAAAGAAAAGUAUAACACAUGUCAAUGAUGGAGUAGCUUCGUUUGUGGUUAAUCUCCCAUCUGGUGUGACUGCGCUGGAGUUUGAGGUCAAAACCGAUGACCCAGUUCUUCCAGAAGAAAAUCAAGCCAUCAAACAGUACCAAGCAAUUACAUACUCAUCUCUCAGCCAAAGUUACCUUUAUAUUGACUGGACUGAAAACUAUAAAGCUUUGUUAGUAGGAGAAUAUCUGAAUGUUAUUGUUACCCCCAAAAGUCCAUAUAUUGACAAAAUAACUCAUUAUAAUUAUUUGAUUUUGUCCAAGGGAAAAAUUGUACACUUUGGUACAAGGGAGAAACUUGUAGAUUCAUCUUAUCAAAGUAUAAACAUUCCAGUGACGCAGAACAUGGUUCCUUCAGCUCGUCUCCUGGUCUAUUACAUUGUCACAGGAGAGGAGACAGCAGAAUUGGUGUCGGAUUCAGUCUGGUUAAAUAUUGAAGAAAAGUGUGGCAAUCAGCUUCAAGUUCAUCUAUCUCCAGAUACUGAUGUAUAUUCUCCAGGCCAAGCUGUAUCUCUUAAUAUGGCAACUGAGUCAGAUUCGUGGGUGGCUUUAACAGCAGUGGACAGUGCUAUAUAUGGAGUCCAAAGAACAACCAAAAAGCCCAUGGAAAAAGUAUUUCAGGCUUUAGAGAAGAGUGACCUGGGCUGUGGAGCAGGUGGUGGUCGCAACAAUGCUGAUGUAUUCCAUCUGGCAGGACUCACCUUCCUCACCAACGCAAAUGCAGAUGACUCCCAAGGAAAUGAUGAACCUUGUAAAGACAUUCUCAGGCCAAAAAGAAUGCUGAAACAGCUGAUAGAGGAAGCAGCUGCUAAAUACAAACAUGCAAUAGUGAAGAAAUGUUGUUAUGAUGGAGCCUCCCGUAAUGAUGAUGAAAGUUGUGAGCAGCGAACUGCACGGAUUACCCGAGGUUCAAGAUGUGUUGCAGCUUUCAAUGAAUGUUGUAGCAUUGCAAAAAAGUUCCGUGAUGACAACUCUCAUAAAGAUAUCCAAUUGGGAAGGCUACAAAUAAAGACCCUUUUAUCAGUAAGCAAGCCAGAAAUUCGAAGCUAUUUUCCAGAAAGCUGGUUAUGGGAAGUUCAUCGUGUACCCAGAAGAAACCAGUUGCAGUUUACGCUACCUGACUCUCUAACCACCUGGGAAAUUCAAGGUGUUGGCAUUUCAGAUAGUGGUAUAUGUGUUGCCGAUACUCUCAAGGCAAGGGUGUUCAAAGAUAUCUUCUUGGAAAUGAAUAUACCAUAUUCUGUUGUACGAGGGGAACAGAUCCAGUUGAAAGGAACUGUUUACAACUAUAAGACUUCUGGAAUACAGUUUUGUGUUAAAAUAUCUACUGUUGCGGGAAUCUGUACGUCGGGAAGCCCAAUUGUUCAUCAUGAGAGGAUAAAGUCCCCCAGAUGUCGGCCUCAAAAAGUAGAGGGCUCCUCCAGUCACUUUGUGACAUUCAGCGUGCUUCCUCUGGAAGUAGGCCUCCACAACAUCAACUUUACACUGGAGACUUCAUUAGGAAGAGAAAUCUUAGUAAAAACAUUACGAGUGGUGCCAGAAGGUGUCAAAAGGGAAAGCCAUGCUGGCAUUACUCUGGACCCAAGGGGCAUUUAUGGUAUCGUUAGCAGGCGAAAAGAGUUCCCAUACAGGAUACCAUUAGAUUUGGUCCCCAAAACAAAAGUGAAAAGGAUUGUGAGUGUAAAAGGACUGCUUAUAGGUGAGGUCAUGUCUGCAGUUCUGAGUAAGGAAGGCAUGGACAUCCUAACCCACCUCCCUAAGGGGAGUGCAGAGGCAGAGUUGAUGAGCAUUGUCCCAGUAUUUUAUGUCUUUCACUAUUUGGAAGCAGGAAAUCAUUGGAACAUUUUUCAUCCUAACUCAUAUACAAAAAAACAAAACCUGAAGAAGAAAUUAAAAGAAGGGAUGGUGAGCAUCAUGUCCUACAGAAAUGCUGACCAUUCUUACAGCAUGUGGAAGGGUGGAGGUGCUAGUACAUGGUUAACAGCUUUUGCUGUAAGAAUACUUGGACAAGUAAAUAGAUACGUAGAUCAGAACCAAAAUUCAAUUUGUAAUUCUUUAUUGUGGCUAAUUGAGAAUUGUCAAUUAGAAAAUGGAUCUUUCAAGGAAAAUUCCCAGUAUCAACCAGUAAAAUUACAGGGUACCUUGCCUACUGAAGCCAAACAGAAGUCCUUAUAUCUUACAGCCUUCACUGUUAUUGGAAUUAGAAAGGCAUUUGAUAUAUGCCCCCUGAUGAAAAUCAACACAGCUCUUGCUAAAGCUGAAGGCUUUUUGCUUGAAAAUACCCUCCCAGCCCAGAGCACCUUUACACUGGCCAUUGCUGCGUAUGCUCUUUCCCUGGGAGAUUCAACACACAGACAAUUCCGUUCAAUUGCUUCAGCCCUGAAGAAGGAAGCUGUGGUGAAAGGCAAUCCACCCAUUUAUCGUUUUUGGAGAGAUGAUCUUCAGCGCAAAGACAGCUCUGUACCUAACACUGCUACAGCACAUAUGGUAGAAACCACUGCCUAUGCUUUACUCACCAGCCUGGGCUUGAAGGAUAUGAAUUAUGUUAACCCAAUCAUCAGAUGGCUAUCUGAAGAGCAGAGGUAUGGAGGUGGCUUUUAUUCUACCCAGGAUACAAUUAAUGCCAUCGAGGGCCUGACAGAAUAUUCACUCCUGGUGAAACAACUCCGCUUAGAUAUGGAUAUCAAUAUUUCUUACAAGAAAAGAGGUGACUUCCACCGUUAUAAGAUGACAGAGAAAGAUUUCCUUGGGAGGCCAAUAGAGGUAACUCUCAAUGAUGACCUUGUCGUCAGUACUGGAUAUAGCAACGGCUUGGCUACGGUACAUGUAACAACUGUGGUUCACAAAACUAGUACCUCUGAGGAAGUUUGUAGCUUUCAUUUAAAAAUUGAAACCCAGGACACUGAAGCAUCCAGCUCCAGAGUCUACAGUUACUCGGAUUACAAGCGCAUAGUUGCAUGUGCCAGCUAUAAGCCCAGCAAGGAAGAAUCAUCAUCUGGAUCUUCCCAUGCAGUGAUGGAUAUCUCUUUGCCUACUGGAAUCAAUGCAAAUAUAGAAGACUUAAAAGCUCUUGUGGAAAGGGUGGAUCAAAUAUCAGCUGAUUACCAAAUCAAAGAUGGACAUGUUAUUCUGCAACUGAAUUCGAUUCCCAGCAAUGAGUUCCUUUGUGUCCGUUUCCGGAUAUUUGAACUUUUUCAAGUUGGAUUUCUGAGUCCUGCUACUUUCACAGUGUAUGAAUACCACAGCCCAGAUAAACAGUGCACCAUGUUUUAUAGCCCUUCCAAUACCAAACUGCAAAAAGUCUGUGAAGGAGAAACAUGUCAGUGUGUAGAAGCUGACUGUGGACAAAUGCAAAAAGAAUUGGAUCUGACAAUCUCUGCAGAGACCAGAAAAGAAACAGCAUGUAAGCCAGAGAUUGCAUAUGCUUAUCAAGUUAGUAUCACAUCCGUCACUGAAGAAAAUGUUUUUGUCAAGUACACUGGAACUCUUCUGGAUAUCUACAAAACUGGGGAAGCAGUUGCUGAGAAAGACUCUGAAAUCACCUUCAUUAAAAAGACAACCUGUGCUAAUGCUGACCUGAGAAAAGGAAGACAGUAUUUAAUUAUGGGUAAAGAAGCCCUCAAGAUAAAACACAAUUUCAGUUUCAAGUACAUCUACCCUUUAGAUUCUUUUACCUGGAUUGAAUAUUGGCCUACAGAUGCAACAUGUCCAUCAUGUCAAACAUUUUUAGCUAAUUUACAAGAGUUUGCCGAAGACAUCUUUUUAAAUGGCUGUGCAAAUGCCUGAAGAAGUUCAGCUGCAUACAGUUUCCGCUUAUGGACUCCUGUUGUUGAAGUGUCUGUUAUUUUUUGUGUUGGUUUUUGGUUUUGUUUUUUCCUUCUUUUUUUUUAAACAUUCACAGCUGGUCUUAUUUGGAAAGCUCACUUAGAAUUAGUGGCACUUGCUUUUAUUAGAGAACGAUUUUAAGAGCUGUAACUUUCUGAAAUAACACGGCCUUGGGGGACAUGUAGACAGAUACUCCAGGGUUAUUGGACACCAGAAGCAAUGAAUUGAAACCUCUCCUAAAACCAACCACCCAGGAAUGUCUGCUGGGGCCAAAAGAAUAGGUGCAUUGAAAUGUAGUAUUUUACAAAAACAUGGCCUUUCCUUUAAAGAAAAUACCAAGGAACAGAAAACUGAUCAUUAAAGCCUGACUUUGCUUUCAAAA